AUGAUCCCUACUAUGAUUCUUAUCCCCCAUGGUGCUGCCUAUUCUCAUGUGACUAUGCAUACCGGCAGGGACCACAACCAUAAGCAACAGCGACCGCAACAGCCACAGCAACGGCCAGAGGAUGUCUCCACUACUCGAUGGCAGUGCCAAGACAAGAAGCCUCAGAGGACUUCUGUUUCUUCCCACGAUGAUUCCAUGCAUCGAGGAUCAGUGCUAGUGGUACCGGUACCUGCCCUAGAAGAAAAAUGCACCAUGCCACUUCCCCAACAUCCAAUCAUGGUACCAUGUAUCGCUGCUGGUAUGGACAACAGUAUGAGCGACUCCAAUCCUCGCCGCCCUCACCGCAGAGGCAGCUACGCUCCCACUUCGCGAUGGUCUUCGGCUGCCUAG